GGGGUGCGGGGUGCAGGGGCAUGGUGUGCAAGGGGGGACUGGGAUGCUAUGGGGUUCAGGGGUCUAGAGGGCUAUGGGGGGCUGUGGGAUGCAGGGUGGCUGUGGCGUGCAGGGAGUUAUGGGGGCUGUGGGGUGUAGGGAGGCUAUGGGGGAUUCGCGAACUAUGGGGUGAAGAGGGGCAGUGGGGGACGGAAGGGACAUGAAAUGCAAGGGGGGGUGUGGGAUGCGGGCUGCCUGUAGGGUGCAGAAGGGCUAUAGGCAACGGUGGGGGUGUGAGUUGCAGGAGGGCAAGAGCAGGCUGGAUGCAAGUUAUGGGGUUCAGAGGCUGUCAGCCGAGGCAUGGUGUCCAUGGGGAGAUGUGGGGUGCUGGGUACCACCAGUGGGGCCAGGGCAGGCUCUGCCUCUCCUCACCCCAGCCAGGGCUGCUCAGUGGCCGUGGCUGACCCUGUGGCCCCGCAGCAUGGCGGGGCUGUGGGACGUGGUGCUGCGGGAUGAGGCAGCCCUGAGGCAGGCAGCAGUGGUGGCGGUGGAUGCGGCGCUGCUGGAGGGCGUGCUGAUGCGCACUGAUGCUGAGCCCAACGCCUCCGAGGUGGUGAGCUAUGCACCCUUCACACUGCUGCCCUCGGCUGUGCCCCGUGCCCUGUUUGAGCAAGCCUAUGCUGUACAGCGGGACUUCAACCUGCUGGUGGAUGCCAUCAGCCGGGACAAGGAGUUCCUGGAGCACACCCUGGCCAGCACCAUCAAGGUGGAUGACUUCACGGCACGGCUCUUCAGGAUCCACCAGCAGGUUCUGGAGGAAGGGCUGGCACAGUCUGUGUUUUUAGGCAUCAACCGCUCUGACUACAUGUUUGACUGCGGGGCAGCCAGCCCGCCGGCGCUGAAGCAGAUUGAGAUCAACACCAUCGCUGCCAGCUUCGGGGGCCUCGCCUCCCGCACCGCUGCCGUGCAUGGGCGGGUGCUCAGAGUGCUGGGGAAGCCUGAGCAGGCGGCGAGGUUGCUGCCCAAUGACCCUGCCCAGGGGCUGGCCAUGGGCAUCACCAAGGCCUGGGAGCUGUACGGCUCGCCGAGUGCCGUGGUGAUGUUCCUGGUGGAGGAGGCCCAAAGGAAUAUCUUUGAUCAGCGAUGUGUGGAAAACAAGCUUUGGGACAGGAACAUUCGGGUCAUCAGGAGGAGGUUCCGGGACGUGUAUGAGCAGGGCUCCUUGGAUGACUCCCGCAGGCUCUAUGUGGACGGCCAGGAGGUAGCAGUGGUGUACUACAGAGAGGGCUACGUGCCGAGCAACUACGAUCAGCAGAACUGGGAGGCACGGCUGCUGCUGGAGAGGUCGCGGGCAGUGAAGUGCCCUGACAUUGCCACGCAGCUGGCUGGCACCAAGAAGGUGCAGCAAGAGCUGAGCCGCCCGGGGAUGCUGGAGAAGCUGCUGCCUGGCCACGCUGAGGCUGUCAAACGCAUCAGAGCAACGUUUGCUGGGCUGUACUCGCUGGAUGUGGGUGAAGAGGGUGACCGGAUUGCUGCCACAGCUAUCGCCAGCCCUGAGCGGUUUGUGCUGAAACCACAGCGAGAAGGAGGAGGGAACAACCUGUAUGGUGAAGAGCUCAAGCAGGUCCUGGAGAGGAUCAAAGACAGCCCUGAGAGAACCUCCUACAUCCUGAUGGACAAGAUUGAGCCGCAGCCAGCAGUGAAUUACUUGUUGAGGGCAUGCAGUCCCCUAAAGGCCUCCAAGUGCAUCUCAGAGCUUGGUAUUUUUGGUGUCUAUGUCAGGCAGGGCACAGAACUGGUGCUGAAUGAGGCAGCCGGGCACCUGUUGCGGACGAAGGCAGUGGAGCAUGCAGACGGCGGGGUGGCAGCCGGGGUGGCGGUGCUGGACACCCCCUACCUGGUGUGAGCGCCUCGUGCAGUGCCCACAGGGCUGGGCUGCCAAAGGGAUGCUUCCCUUAGGGUGCACCUAGUGAGGUGGGAAGGGCUGGAGACAGCCAAGGGUUUUGCAUUGGUUUGAAAUGUGCUCUUGGAGGCUGCUGCAGCACUGGAGGUGACCCUGCUCAGUGCCAGUCCCAGUUUUGUUAUGCUCCUACGCACAUGGACAGCUGCCCUGCUGCAGCUUCCCCAAGCCUCCAUCAAUGAUAGUGUGUUCUCUUGGCUUCACUGUGGGACCAACACUGAGGGAUGACAAGAUACGUCUCCCCCGGGUUUCCUGAAUGAAUGGGAACAGAGCAGAGGGUGCUCCUGCCCAUGGGCUCAUGUCUGCAGUGCACCCCCCUCUUCCACUCCAGCCCUGCUCAGCUGAGCAACUCCAGGUGUGACAAGAAGUGCCCCUUCCUGGAAUUGCCCAGGUAAAGCACCUAGGCAGCCUGAGCUCUGCUGCUCAGUGACUGCAGCGAGGCCUCAUGCCUGUGUUCCUGAUACCCCUGUUGGCUGUGCCUACAGCCUGCAGUCCAGGUGCCUCAAUCAAGCAUUGAUCUGCCACUGUGCAGUGGUUCUGUUCUGUGGCUGAUUCCACAAUCCGUGGCUGGUGUUCAGUUGGGGGGCUUGAUUACCCCAUCAGAGAUUAAAACAUAUGCUGAAUCUAAACAAGGCUCUGGGGUCAGUUUUGUUGAGAAUAGCUGUGCAAGGAGGGACACAUAUCUUAAGUUGUACCUGGAGUGGGGGAAGCAUGAUUGACAUUUUGCAUGAGUCAGGCUGAGUGCAAGCUCUGGGGGUAUGCCCUUGGCUGAGCUCCGUCCCCAGCUUCAGGUGAAGCUGUCAGGGCUGCUGGUUGCUUUGGGCUCUGCUCAAACUCCAUCUUGUAGACAGAGCUGGGGUCACAUCCUCCUUUACACACUUGCUCACUGCUCUGACACCAGGGGAGCUGGUUCUGUUCAACCUGGUCCCUGCAAAGCCAAAUUUGAUCUGACAAGCUGUGGUGGCAGCUGAGAGCUCACUGCAGUCUCUCAGAAUCCUCUCCUCCCAGCUCGGCUCCUGGUCCAAGCGUGGCUUCUGGGCAGCUGCACGCCUGUGCAUGGACAUUUCAUGUACCUUGGUCAACCUGGCAGCUUCUGCUCAGUUCAACUAAGUCUGUGCAGCAGCAUUGGAGAUGUGUAAUGCACUGCAGUGCAGCAUGAGCUGCCAAUGCUGAGCUGCAGGUGUGAGGCACAAUACCCUCCAGGUGGAAAUAGUCUGGUCUUAGUCCUUGGGUGUGCAUUUUGCUGGAGCAGUGAGCAGGGAGAACGCAAGGUUAGCUGCAGCCAUGAGGUGAGCACUGUAGCAGGGCUCUGAGCUACUGAAGGCAGCAGCAUGUGCUGCUUUCUCCCUGGCACUGCUCCUGCAUCCAUCCUGCAUGUUGAUGACACGUGGGUGUCACACAGUCUGGUGCUUUCCAUCCACCUUAGUGGAAUGAUGUUGGCUGUGGACCAGGAGAAAAAUUAAGCACAGGCUCUGGCCCUGGAGCUUCUGCCCUCUGCCCAGCAUAGGGGCAGCACAGACUGAGCCACAGCCUUGGGAAAGGAGAAAAACAUCAGCUGACACCACUGCAGUCACAUAAGCACCGUCAAUGCUCAACCACAACACAGGGAUGAGUGUCUGUCCCACGCCACUUUUGGCUUCUAGAACAGCUCCUGGUUAUGGCACAGAGGUCUCCCCCUGGACUCCACACCAGACAAACAUUUGCACCUACUUCUACACAUGCUCUAAACCUGUUUCUGUUUUGUUUUCUUGAAUUUUUAUUCCAUUUUGCAUAGAGUUCUAGCUGUCUCCAGCCAAAAUUACACAACAGUAGUAACAGAGGAGGAGAACAGAUGUAGGAACUCGUGUCAAAGAAGUGGCACAAUCCUGUGGAAGGGAGCAGUGGGUGGUAUGUGGGACACAAGCACGACUGAGGUUAUAGGUCACAGAUAGCAUGCUGGUGAGAGCAGCAGGCAAGAAAUGAAACUUAGGCAGCAGCUCUGCAGAGCACCUGCAACACCUGCCCUGGGCCUUGGAAGAGUUACCUCCUCCUUCCCAGCCAGUCAAACACCAGCUCAAUUUAAAGGUAAAGCCAGUUGCAGCAAGAUUUAAAGCUCAUUUCUCCUUUGGUUUAAGUGUAGGAAUCAAACAGUUCAUAUGUGAUUUCAAUACAGACAUUACAAGGAGGUAUCUUUCCCAGCUCAAUCCAGAGUUGAUGUUCAAUGUAAUUAACUUGAUGAGGAAAUAUUGGCUUUGGUAGCACCCUCAUGGUGCUCAGACUUGGGCUGGAGUUACUGUUUUCUCUCAUCAUCACAAAGUCAUGCCAGAUUUAAGCAGAAGUAACACGUUUAGUUGGUAUGCAGUGGAAAAGAUACCUCUGCAGUGCUCUGUACCAAAGAGCUCUGAAAAAUCCAGCUAAAGCACAGAGCUCCCAAGCCUUACCUCAUUCCCUUUCAGGUAUGGGACCUAAGCUAGAAAACAGUGGAUGCAAGACUAAAAUUCAGUUGUGCUUAUGAUGUGAGAGUACUUUUAAGUUUUCCCAUAGCUCUGAGUAGAAAAGGAAGCUUACUCAGCAUGUAGACAGUGGUAGAUGAGCCUCCCUUGCCUGCCUGCACUGAGUAACUCCAGUACCACUUCCCCUACAACCAGCCCCCAGCUCCUUCCCACUAAGGGAACCAACUAAGGACACCAGGGUCCCUCAACUACAUAAAGUUAAUCAACACCCCCCCCC